UUUGGCAGUACAAAAUGUUGACUCGAAAUGCUGAACAAGUUUUGAGAAUUUUCCUAAUUUUAGCGAAAAUGCGUAAAUUAAAACUGCGAUUAAAACAGAAGCGCCGAUUUUGGGUUCGGAAAUUGUACUUAGAGCGACACAAAUAUGGAUUGUUUGAAAGUUCAUUAAGAAACUUGGCUGCAGAUGAGGAGCAGUUUAACAAGACAUUAAGAAUGCCCUUUUCGUUAUUUAAUGUGCUGCACGAAUUUCUGGAGGCUUCGCUGACCAAAUAUUCAAUCAGAACACCAAUAUCGAGCCGCUGCAGACUAUUUAUAACCCUGAUAUAUUUGGCUCACGGUGGCACUCGGCAAAUCCACACAAUAGUUCACAGGAUCGGCCUGACGACUUUCAGGAAGAUUACGUUGGAGACAUGUAUGACCAUAUGGGAUCUGUUAGCUGACCUGUAUGUGGCGACCCCGUCAGAAACGGAAUGGGGACGUAUUUCCAAUGAGUUCAAGUCGCUGUGGAAUAUGCCCAACUGCGUUGGUUCCAUCGACGGAAAGCACAUUAAUAUUACCUGUCCAGCGAAUUCAGGGUCGAUGUACUAUAAUUACAAAGGCAAUUAUAGUAUCGUGCUUUUGGCCGUAUGUGAUGCCAAUUAUACCUUUACCUGCGUUGACAUCGGAGCACAUGGAAGUCAAAGCGAUGGCGGUGUCUACCACUUUUCAAAACUGGCAGAUGCUAUUGAAAAUGAUAGGCUCGGCCUUCCACAUGAUCAGCCUCUGCCAGGAGAAACCGAACCAUUUCCACAUUAUUUAGUAGGAGAUGCUGCUUUUCCCUUACGGCGUUAUUUAAUGCGACCAUAUCCGGGUAGAGCAAGCGAUUUUGUUGAUCGCUACGAAGAGGAUGCCACCAUCGCUGGCUCAUGGCGAAACGAAGUAGUUCCAUUGCCCUCAAUAAGUAGGGUGUCAUCGAACCGAGGCAGUUCAAAUAAUUAUGAUUUAAGGGAUGCUCUGAAGACACAUCUUUUUAACAAUAAAAUUUAA